GCAGGCUGACCCGGAAGCUGUGCUGUCUGGAGGCGCAUAGAGAACAUCCAGCCUCUUCUCUGCUUUAUUAAAGCCUUUUUUGCGAGGAAAAAACACUCUGACAUCGAAAUAAAAGAAAGAUGGCAGAGCCUCGAUUCAAUAAUCCAUAUUUCUGGCCACCACCUCCCUCUAUGCCUGGUCAACUGGAUAAUCUGGUUCUUAUCGACAAGAUCAAAGAGCAACUGAUGGCAGAAAAAAUUAGACCUCCGCAUUUGCCGCCCACCACUGUUCCCUCUCAGCAGACUCUGCUGGUGGCCUCUUCACCUUCAGAAGGUGGGCAACAUGUGAUGUCUAUCCCCAAGCUACAGCAGGUGCCGGGUCUUCAGGCCCACAACUCCUCUCAGCCCGACAUCGCCCUGCACGCCCGCCCAGCAUCCAGCACCAUUGCAGAGCUGAAUAUAGAUGACAAGUCUACAGUGAAGGCAAAGGGGUUAUGGGAAGAUUGGCACAUGCGACAAGCAUUGGACCAAGCCUCUAGAGUCAACCAUCGCUCAGCAGGUCUGACGCUGUCAUCCCGCACAGAAAGCCACAACACCUCUGAGGCUAUAACUCCCACAACCCCGACAUCUAGCAGCCAGAACCGCUUGGGCGGCGCACCUUCCUUAAACACCAUUUCCGGCCUGGCCAGCGGUCCUGGCAUGGACCAUGUGAAAAGUGGAGGUCUGGUGGGGAUGCUGGGACCACAGCCCAAAGCUCCCCGGGGCCGCAAGAAGAUUAAAGCUGAGAACAACACUGGCCCAUUGUUGGUGAUGCCCUAUCCGCUUCUGGCCUCAGGCCCUGACCAGGCAGUUACCAUCGCCAAAGAGGGAAAAACAUACAGGUGUAAAGUGUGUCCCCUUACUUUCUUAAACAAGUCAGAGAUGCAGAUUCAUUCCAAGUCCCACACAGAGGUCAAACCCCACAAGUGUCCUCACUGUUCGAAGUCAUUCGCCAACGCCUCAUACCUAGCACAGCACUUACGUAUUCACUUAGGCAUUAAACCCUACCACUGCUCCUAUUGUGAGAACUCCUUCCGCCAACUAUCACAUCUCCAGCAGCACACCAGGAUUCAUACUGGUGACAGACCAUAUAAAUGUGCCCAACCAGGAUGUGAAAAGGCAUUCACACAACUCUCGAACUUACAGUCUCACCAGAGACAACAUAACAAAGACAAGCCAUACAAGUGUCCGAACUGCUACCGUGCAUACACAAACUCGGCCUCCUUACAGAUCCAUCUCUCCGCACAUGCCAUUAAGAACGCUAAAUCGUACUGUUGCAGCAUGUGUGGGCGCGCAUACACCUCAGAGACCUACCUUAUGAAGCACAUGUCCAAACACACCGUGGUGGAGCAUCUGGUCAGCCACCAUUCCCCACAGAGAACAGAAUCUCCCAACAUCCCCAUACGCAUUUCACUUAUUUGAGCUUCCUCCUCCAUGCUAUUCUAUUUAUUACAAGGUAUUUUGUUCACUGCAAUAGUCUUCCAUUAAAGGGGUCCCAUUAUGCUAUUUUACAAAGUCUUGAUUUUGUUUUGGGGUGUACAAGAACAGGUUCUCGUACUAGGUUUAAAAAAAAUAAAAAAAA